AUGGUACAUGAAAAACAAAUUGUAUACUGGGAUGAAUUAAGUAAAGAAAUUGAAACAGCUAUCCUUAACCAUGAUCCGGCAUCUACUUAUGCAAUGAUUAGAAGAUUGAAAGGUGGACAACAAAAUUCAGAGAAUAGUGCUGUUCAAGAUAAAAAUAAAGAACUCGAUCAAGCAUUAGAACCAAUGAAAAGUCUAAAAGAUCCUGAUAAUGACGAUAUUAGUACUGACAAAUUCAAAGCAGGUGAAUUAUUUAUUCUUAAACGACUUCAUGAAAUAUUUGUUGAUAUUUGGCAAAAUGAAGAAAUAGUCGACCAGUGGAUCUUAGCCAUUUUAAUUCGUUUAUUGGAAAAUAAAGAUGACAAAAAAUGCAAUAAUUAUCUUGGCAUCUCUCGAUUAGUGGUAGCAAGUAAACUAUUUACUGAAGUAAUCCUUAAUCGUAUUCAAAAAUUAAUUGAUAAAUAA